AUGCAUUUCUUAACCCUCGUUAUCGGACUCACUCUCGGCUGUGCCAUAGCUGGUCCUGUACGCCCAGCUGGGGUUAUCCUCCCCAUCGAGACUCCUGCUCCUCCAUUUCCCACAAUUGCACCGAGCGUUGCCACGAAAGCUCCAUAUCUUCUCCCGAGAUCAGCCUUCUCAACCACGUUCCCAGUAGAGACCAUCACAAAGGUCAGCGGAGAAAUUGGUGCCACUGUCACUGGCUGUACAGUUACUACCAUCUCUGCGCACGUUGCAACCUUAACGUUCAAUUCAACCAGCACUACGACCGACUCCGAUCCUGGACGCUUCCAGUGUAUUUGCCCUAGCAUUGAUCCUUCGGUCAUCGUCGACGUUUUCACACAGUGGGACCAUGUCGGCAAUCCGGGCGAGCCUACUGCACCCUAUGCCUCACCCAGCGCCGAACCUUCCAGUGCAGUCAAUGGCGCUCAAUCCCAGUGGGCCAACGUAUCAUGCAGCGAGGGCGGCGCCUUCGCUUCCAUUACCAACGAUCCUCUGUGGCAAUGGAACGUUGCUGGUACGGAAGCCGCGUGGAACGAGCUGGUCGCCGAUUAUGUCUCGAAUGCAACGAAUGAGCUCGCAUUCUCCGACUUCCUUGCCGACAGGUUCCACGCUCCUCGAAACCCAACGUGCGAUAAGGUCGGUGAUGAGUUCUGUAGUUCGACUAUCGGCUGUGGUAGCUGGCUGUUCCACAAUGCCGACGUAAACAGCCCUGCCGGCUACAUUCUUUACAACUCCAUGGUGUAUCUACACCGAACAAUCAGUGUGUUUAGUAACAGCAUAAUCCAAGCGCAAAUCAAUGUAAAUGGCUUUGCUGGUAACAUUGCCGGCACAUUCUCGGGCGUCGAAGCCGAAAUAGCCGAAGAGCAACAGCAGAAGCUUAAUUACGACAUCAUACAGCUGGUCCUGGGCAUUUCGCUCAGCUUGCCAUCGACUCCCUUCUUCAAAGGAGGUGAUGACGCAGAAGGAGCUGCCCUACGAGGCUCGGAUCUGGGGACCGUCCCCAGUGGUAUCCAGAACGCCGUCGACCCUGUUGUGAGCGUAGUCACAUCGAACAAACUUGAUCCCGGAGUGGGGCAAGACUGGACAACGGCUGCAGUCAGUAUCUCCUUUCCCACCACAAGCGAACAAUCUGACCAAUGUGAUCUGAUCUACAGAUAUUCGGUGCAUUCGCCUACGUCAAAGACGAGAUUGCCUAUCCAGCACAAUCUCACGACAUACAUCACAUACCUCGCAAACGUCGUGCAGAAUGCAACUCAGUUAUAUGCCGAGGGCCUCUUCAACGAUCCCGGCAACCUCUACACCGUCAUCCAGCAGGGCCAUGUAUUUGGGAGCCCUAUACGAGAGGAACCAGUCACCAUCGCCGCAGAGUUGACCCAAACGUUGCUGGCCAAUACGCUCCCUUUUGGUAACAAAUUAUUCAAUCAAGCGACGUGUAUUUCUCGCUGA